UUAAUGUACAGUAAAUGUCAUAGUGCUUUCUGCCCGGCUUACUUUCUUUUCCCUCCUGCAUAGACUGCUCUAGAAAAACUGGAAGGAGAGUUACAGGAAGCCAAUGAGAACUAUCAGGCUUUGAAGAAAAGCUUCCUAGAACUGACUGAAUUCAAACAUCUCCUGAAGAAAACCCAGGACUUCUUUGAGACGGAAACCAAUUUAGCUGAUGAUUUCUUUAUGGAAGACACUUCUGGUCUCCUGGAGUUAAGACCUACACCUGCAUACAUGAGUGGAAAGCUGGGGUUCACGGCUGGUGUGGUCAACCGGGAGAGGAUGGCUUCCUUUGAGAGGCUGCUGUGGCGAAUUUGCCGAGGAAACAUCUACUUAAAGUUCAGUGAGAUGGACACAGUUCUGGAAGAUCCCAUUACAAGAGAAGAAAUUAAAAAGAAUAUAUUCAUCAUAUUUUAUCAAGGAGAGCAGCUCAGGCAGAAAAUCAAGAAGAUUUGUGAUGGGUUUCGAGCCACCAUAUACCCCUGCCCAGAACCGGCGUCGGAGCGCAGAGAGAUGCUGGAUGGUGUCAACAUGAGGCUGGAAGAUUUAAUCACUGUCAUAACACAGACAGAGUCUCACCGUCAGCACCUCCUGCAAGAAGCAGCUGCCAGCUGGCACUCCUGGAUCAUCAAAGUGCACAAGAUGAAGGCCAUUUACCACAUCCUGAACAUGUGCAACAUCGACGUCACCCAGCAGUGCAUCAUUGCUGAGAUCUGGUUCCCGGUGGCAGACGCCGUGCGCAUCAGGAGGGCACUGGAGCAAGGCAUGGAACUGAGCGGCUCCUCCAUGGUCCCCAUCAUGACAGCAGUGCAAUCUAAAACAGCUCCUCCCACAUUUAACAGGACCAAUAAAUUCACAGCUGGCUUCCAGAAUAUUGUCGAUGCAUACGGUGUAGGCAGUUACCGGGAGAUGAACCCAGCUCCCUACACCAUCAUCACUUUCCCCUUCCUGUUCGCUGUGAUGUUUGGAGACUGUGGUCACGGAAUUGUGAUGCUACUGGCAGCCCUUUGGAUGGUCCUUAAUGAGAGACGCUUGCUGUCCCAGAAGACGACCAAUGAGAUCUGGGACACCUUCUUCCACGGACGCUACCUCAUCCUCCUCCUGGGCAUCUUCUCCAUCUACACGGGCUUGAUCUACAACGACUGCUUCUCCAAGUCUUUCAACAUCUUCGGCUCUUCUUGGAGCGUCCAACCCAUGUUCAGAAAUGGCACAUGGAAUACACAAGUAAUGGAAACAAAUCCAUAUUUACAGCUGGACCCAGCCGUUCCGGGAGUGUACUCUGGAAAUCCAUACCCUUUUGGGAUUGAUCCGGUUUGGAACUUGGCUUCAAACAAGCUAACAUUCUUGAACUCCUAUAAGAUGAAGAUGUCAGUUAUCCUGGGAAUUGUCCAGAUGGUUUUUGGUGUCAUUCUCAGCCUUUUCAAUCACAUAUUCUUCAGGAACACUCUCAACAUCGUUCUGCAGUUCAUCCCCGAGAUGAUUUUUAUCCUGUGUCUUUUCGGAUACCUGGUCUUCAUGAUCAUUUUCAAAUGGUGCUCCUUCGACGUCUCUGUGUCCCGGCGAGCCCCGAGCAUCCUCAUUCACUUCAUCAACAUGUUCCUGUUUAACUAUAAUGACCCUUCGAACGCACCCCUAUACGAACAUCAGCAAGAAGUCCAGAGCUUCUGUGUUAUUAUGGCUUUGAUUUCUGUGCCGUGGAUGCUUCUGAUUAAGCCGUUUAUUCUCAGAGCCAGUCAUCGGAGAUCCCAGCUACAGGCCUCCAGGAUCCAAGAAGAUGCCACCGAGGACAUUGAAGGUGACAACUCCAAUCCUUCCGUGAGCCCUGGUCACAGGACUUCUGCAGGUGCCCAUGGGGCUCAGGAUGACCACGAUGAAGAGUUCAGCUUUGGAGACGUCUUUGUGCAUCAGGCCAUCCACACGAUUGAGUACUGCCUGGGCUGCAUUUCCAACACAGCCUCCUACCUCCGGCUCUGGGCCCUCAGCCUGGCGCAUGCACAACUGUCUGAAGUGCUCUGGACCAUGGUGAUGAACAUUGGCCUUCGCGUGCAAGGCUGGGGAGGACUCAUUGGGGUCUUCAUCAUUUUUGCCAUAUUUGCUGUUCUGACGGUAGCCAUCCUUCUGAUCAUGGAGGGCCUCUCGGCUUUCCUGCACGCCCUGCGGCUGCACUGGGUGGAGUUCCAGAACAAGUUCUACGUCGGGGCUGGUUACAAGUUUUCUCCGUUCUCCUUUAAACAAAUCCUGGACGGGACAGCUGAGCAGUAGCUGCACGUCUGGCGGCUGCAGCCGCCUCUUCCAUCAGUCACCUCCUACACCAGUCUCUGUGCCAAUGAAAGAAGUGUUGUCUUGUCUUUAACGUCAGCCUGCAUAAGGCAGUCAAUGGAAUGAUUGUUCUCGCUAACCGGAGGGAGGAAGCCAUGUAUUGUAUCUGUAAGCCGUGGGAUUUGAUAUGACUUAACCAUGUCGUAGAGAGACUACACAGGCAAGUCAUUUCAACCUCAUGCGGGGUCUUAAUUGUCAAAUCCUAGAAUGAUUGAGAAAUGGGGAGAGGGGAGUGCCAAACUGAGAUUUUCUUGUAAUUAAACUUCUGGGUCAUCCACUUAGUUAUUAAAGUGUCUUUUUUCAACAUUAUUCUGUAAAAUUGAGUAUUGAUAAUUGUAGGCCAAAGCUAAACAAUAGAGUUACACAAAGUAACCCUAGAGAAAGGUUAUGGUUUUUUAUUCCUCAUUUCCUCCUUCCUCAAAUACCUUUUUUCCUUGUCGGGGGCUAAGUUUUACAGGAUUAGGGACGUUCUCAAGAAUUUUCACUCCAGGUGAGGAAAAACAGAUAAUGUUCUCUGUUCAGAUGGAGGCCUGGCCCUGGCGUGGCUCGAAUUGUUAAAUCCUGUGGAAUGAAGUGUGACAAC